CAGUGGUGGGUAGCAAAAGCAGAAGAAAUGGGAAGAUAAUAGCGUUAGGUAACAGUUGGCAACUAUUUAGACCUAUCAAGAAAGGUAUUAAAACUCUAGCUUCUGUUGAAAAUAGAAGACAGGAUAAUUAUUAUCUCCCAAUUCAGGAAUUUGGACCGAUGGGCAGAAGGUUAUAGGGAACGGUUCAACUGACUUUCAGACGCAUUUCAGUUGUCUGCUAUCUCGAAGCAACCUAGAUGACAAGUCCUUCAACUUUUAGUGAGGUUGAAAAGGCUAUGAAUAAUGUAAAGCAAGGGAGAGCAGCAGGGUCUAAUGAACUAAUCCCUGAGAUUUUUAGGGACAGUGGUCUAGUUUUUUCAGUUAGAUCAAUUGAAAUCUUAGCUAAACUCUGGAAACUGUACAUGGUCCCAUCUCACUGGUCUCGGUUACUGAUUGUACCAGGUUAUUGGAAAUCACAAAAACCCUUUUGUGACAACUACAGAGCAAUCAAUUUAAUUAAUAUAGUGUUUAAAAUGUUAGUUUCAAUGAUAUUUCAACGUCAAACUAAAGGUCAUGAAGAGUGAACCCAAGGAAACCUACCACGUCUGUGACCUAGACAUGUAUUUAUCGAUUGACUACUCACUCUUUAGUUGAUUCUAGAACAUGGACAUAGUUUUUGAGGUCCGACUGUAGUUUUGUUCAUUGACCUUAAGAUAGCGUUCAGCUCUGUUGAUUGGAAGGUUCUGUGGUUGUCACCGAAAGGCGUAGCAAAUAAGUACCUUAACCUAGGACAGAUUCUCCACUCAAAAACCAAUGGCCGAGUCAGAGCUUAUGGCAAACUGGUCACUUCAAGUACUGUUCAUUAGGGAUGACCACUUUCCCAAUUUUUCCUUGGCUUUGCCAUAAACAUGUUUUUAGAGACAAUACUUACAUUGUUUUACUACUUAAGGAUUGAUUUUCCACUAGGGCUUCUCGACUCAGAUAGUAUAGUUGAGUUUGGCGAAGACGAACAAAAUUCAGUCUUCUGACUACCUUAGGCAACAAUCAGAGCAUUUUUGGGAUGAGGUUCUCUUCCUACAAACGUAAAAUGUUGCAUCGGGAUUUGAUUGCGCCAGCGCCUUGAACUAAUGAUGAGGAGUGAAGCAGUUGAAUGUAUCGACCGCCUCAUUUAUCUGUGGAGUCUCAUAAACAACAGUCUACUGUGGGAGAGAACAAACCAACUUCCAUCUGAAGAGAAAAUUAAGAAAA